AUGGAUGGUCCUGUCUUCGCUGCAAAGAUUACAGUCUAUGAUGGGGGCGGUGCGCUCCUCCACGAGCUUGACACCAAGGAUUGGAAGCCUUACCGAACGCCUCUCACUGUGCCCAAGAAUCCGUUGCGGUACGAUGUGAAAUUCGAGUUCUUGGACGGGGAGGCGAAGAAGAAGCGCCAGGAAAAGCUUCCUGCGGGGCUGCCUUUUGACAUUCGCGUCACAGCAGAUCCAGCAACGACUUGGUCGACAUGA